UAUAAAUCCAAAAUCCAGUAAAUCGUGAGAUGAAAUCAUUAAUAACACUAAUAUUCCUCACGUAUUUAACGAAAUUCUCUUACUGUUCACCGGGCGACAGAUCGAAUUACUUUAUAAGAUGUUGGGAGACCUGCACCCACCUGAAUUGUUCAGACGAAUACAAUGUGGAGUUUAUAAGCAGCCAACAGCAGCCUUUUUAUUUGAAACUGUUGAAUUGGAAUUGCGGGGACGAGUGUAAAUAUGUUUGUAUGUGGAAAACUGUUGAGGCUUUUCAUAAGAGGAAUUGGGCUACACCUCAAUUUUUUGGAAAAUGGCCAUUUAUUAGGAUAUUGGGCAUUACAGAACCGGCGUCAGUAUUAUUUUCUUUGUUAAAUUUUUAUGCUCAUUUAAAGUUGUUAAGGCAUUUUCGUAAGGAGGUUAGACCAGACAGCCCUUGUUAUUGGUUGUGGCAUGUUUUUUGUUUGGUGUGUUUAAAUGCAUGGGUAUGGUCGACCAUAUUCCAUACAAGAGAUACAGAGUUUACCGAAUUAAUGGACUAUUCUUGCGCUUUUUCUAUGGUUCUCAUGUCUUGUUACUUAAUGUUGUACCGUAUUUUGCGUAACGUGGUACACAAAUUCGUGAUGGUGAUAAUAGCGACGUUUUUUGUCGCGUAUUUUUUCAACCACGUCACCUACCUCAGCCUGGGUAAAUUCGACUACAGAUACAACAUGACAGUUAACGUCCUUGUAGGGACUGUGACGGGUUCGUGCUGGUUCGUGUGGUGCAGUUGGGUGAGGCAGCGACAAUGGUACGUCUGGAAGUGCGCGAUUUUCGUCGCGCUCACUGGUCUGGUGAUGCUUUUGGAAAUUAUAGAUUCGCCGCCAUUUUUUUAUCUCAUCGACUACCAUUCCAUCUGGCAUCUAUCGACAUCGAUACUUAUAGGCCUUUUUUACAGUUUUGCAGUUGAUGAUUGCAAAUAUUUAAGAAAACAAGAGAUGGAACAAUUUAAGCGACCUUAAUAAAAAACGAAUUUAAAGUAAUGUUGAAAAACGUAGUCAAUUUUGUUUUAGGAAUUUUAAAAAUGUUGUGCA